AUGUCCCUAUUUCAGGCUGUGCCCAGCUGUGCCCCAUUGACUAAGGCCCGUCCACCAGACGCUCGCUCUCGGGCACCCUCCCUGGGCCUGGCUCCAGGGCGGGGCACUGAACGAGAGAGACAAGAACGAGAGAGACAAGAACGAGAGAGACAAGAAAGAGAGAGACAAGAACGAGAGAGACAAGAGCGAGAGAGAGAAGAGCGAGAGAGAGAACGAGCAAGACAAGAACAAGAGAGACAAGAACGAGAGAGAGAACUAGAGAGGGAAAGGGAGAGAGAGAAGGCUAAAAGGCGACAAAAGGAAAGACAAGAAAAGAUGAAAGCUGAUUUACGGCAGAAAAUUGAUUCCCGAGACCACAAGAUGGCCGAGGUCAAAUCAUCUGAAAUAAACUGCAAUGGUAGGUUGGAUGCCGAAUGGCUGGAGAUCAACAGUUUCUUCUCAGAGGUGAUGAAAAUUGUGGAGGAUGCUAAAGAGAAAGCAUGCCAGACUCUGGAGGACAGGAGACGGAAAGUGAAAAGAGAAGCACAAGAUCUCACCCAGAAGCUGCAAAGAGAAAUUGAUGUGCUCAAAAAAGCCACUGAUGACCUAGACAACAACCCAGACUUGGAGCAUUCUCCUGUAACAGGCCUGAAAGAAUCUGCUAACUGGAAAACUUUAUGUGACAACACUUCACUCUUCUUCGGGACACUGCGAGGUACGACUUCAGCCAUGAUGAAGCAAAUUGGCCAGGAAAUAGAAAAACUUGCAUCAAAAGACCUCGAGAGGAUUUUUACAUUUGCAGUGGACGUGAAGCUGGACCCGACUUCUGCACACUCAAGUCUUGUAAUUUCUGAUAAUGGGAAAAAAGUGAGAAAUGGUGGAAAAACAGCAAAAGAUCCUAAUUCUCCACAAAGGUUUGAUAUAUUUGGAAGUGUCCUGGGGCUCAACAGGCUGAAAUCAGGGAAAUCAUACUGGGAGGUGGAGGUCAGCAACAAGACCGGGUGGGAUCUGGGUGUGGCCAGAUGUGAUGCUUACCGCAAGGGGAAAUUUUUAGUGACCCCUGACAAAGGUUACUGGGUUACUGCACAUAAUGGAGACAAAAAAUAUGCAGCCCGGACAAUACCGCCCGUGAACCUUUCAUUUAAAGUGAAACCUCGGAAAGUCGGGGUGUAUGUAGAUUAUGAAGAAGGUCUCGUGUCCUUUUAUGAUGUGAUGUCUCAGUCUCACAUCUAUUCAUUUACUGAGUGUUCAUUUGGUGGUGAGAUCCUCCCGUACUUCUGUCUCCAUCUGAAACCAGAUGAGAAAAACAGCGAUCCUUUGAUUAUAUCUGCUAUGGAAAAGCAGUAG